AUGAAAGGUUUCUUCUCACGUCUACAAGAAACCCAGACGGGACAUUCUAAAUCUGCAACACGAGACUCAUACAAGUUCUGGAUUCCGAAUGCUGAUCCCGAGCGAGAUUCUUCUAAGCCUCUUCCUGCGCACGAGAAUGUUGCCAAAGGAUCAACAACUCGUACCCACGCUGAGAAGCGAAGCUCUAGCCGUGCUCCCAAACCAUCUCAACCCAUGCCGAUGCCCACAUACGAUAAACCUAUGCCAUCGACGAGUAUGGCGGCAGCGGGCACUACUAUUGAGUAUAUGCGACCCAAUAUGGGCUCUUCUUCUCAGCAGUAUUAUCCUCAACCCCCGACCAAAGUUACUUCAACUAGAACCCGAGAUUAUGACGACAGUAAAAUGCCAUCUUCUUCUCGUGCCCCGUAUCCCACACGCUCGACGAUCCCACCAGAGAAUCCUGCCAAAAAUACUCGCUACCCUAAUAUGCGAAGCGAAUCGAUAGCACCGGCUCAACACGAACGAUGGAUCCCAACAACAGCUCCAUCUACAUCAAAAUAUGCUGAUGAGCCGAAGAAAUCACUGCAGGAGGGGCUUGAGACAUUAGACCGCUAUCGGAACCGUUACGAUGAGAGAGACGGUCAGGUGGAAAGUGGAAGACGAGACAGGGAUCGUCGUAGAGACAGGGAUCGGGAAAGAACUCGCGACAGAGAUGCAGAUAGAGAUUACUAUCGACGAGAUCAGGAGAGGGGUCGUGACUUGGAGCGUGAAAAGGAACGCCAGAGGACGAGGGAACGGGAACGGGAGCGCGAGAAGGAAAAGGAGCGUGAACGUGAACGUGAAAAAGAACGGGCAGAUAAAGAACGAGAAUGGGAAAGAGACAGACUCGAACGAGAGAAGGAACGAGCGGAGAGAGAACGCGAGCGCGAGAAACUUGAGAGAGAAAAAGAGAGGGAGCGCGAACGUGAAAAGGAAAAGGAGAAGGAACGCGAACGCGAACGUGAGCGCGAGAAGGAAAGGGAAAGGGAACGCGAGAGAGAGAGAGAACGCGAAAAGGAGAGGGAAAGAGAACGCGAAAAGGAGAGGGAAAGAGAACGCGAAAAGGAGAGGGAGAGAGAACGAGAAAAGGAGAGGGAGAGAGAACGCGAAAAGGAGAGGGAGAGAGAACGAGAAAAGGAGAAAGAACGAGAACUGGAGCGAGCAGAGAGGGAACGCGAACGCGAGAAGGAGAGAGAAAGAGAGAAAAUGGAACGCGAUAGGGAGAGGGAAAGAGAAAGAGAACGGGAGAGAGUUGAACGCGAAAAGGAGAAGGAGAAGGAGCGCGAAGAAAGAGCGCGCGAGCGUGAGAGGGACAAGGAGAGAGUCGAGCGCGAAAGAGAACGCGAGCGAGAGAAAGAAUUGCUUGAGCGAGAAAAGGAACGCGAACGCGAAAAAUACCGUGAACGCGAGCGAGCGGCGAGAUAUGCGGAGAGAGAUCGUCGGGAGCGCGAAAAGGAAAGGGAACGCGCUGAAAGAGUACGCGCCAGAGAGCGAGAAUGGGAGCAAAGGGCCAAAGAUAGAGAAACCGAAGCCACUCAAGGAAAAGAACGAGCACAGGAGGUACCUCCUACGCCACGGUUUCUGUCUGAAAGACCACUUCCUGAUGCAAGUAGGACCGACGUUCGAACUCAGGAUCGCGACUUUCGUCGAGAAAGGGAUUCUCGUCGGGAUCAUUCGACAUACCGAUCCAGAGAUCAAGACAGGGACCAAGUAAGAUAUCGAGCAGAAGCCACCGACGGCGAGCAAGAUUUCAGAAAAUGGAAACCAAGGACCUCAGAUCGCGACAGGCGAAAGGAUACUAAUAAUGGAUGGGUUUCUGACACCAUAACAGCCCAUGAAAGAAGACCUAUACGAACGACAGUCAACCUUGAGCCAGCUCCUAUUGAAGAAGGUGAGAGCUCCGAUGGCUCUCUGAGACCUAAGCAUGGAAUAAGGGCGAUGCAAAGGCGCAUGCGGACAGACGAUCCUACUGCAUCAACCAGAACUCCACGGUUUCCUCAGGACCGCCCCUCAGAACCUUCUGCCCCCUUGCCUGUGAACAAUUAUUCGAAGCCGAGAACAUUUCCCGCCAAUUCCGAACCACAACCUCCCAGCUUUCAACCACCGAAGACGCACCCUAUUAUCUCAGAACCCCAGCUACCUUCUACUUCAACGCCACUGCACAUGCUUGUUCAUUUACCCCCAAAGGCGAUGAAUGAACGCCCGUCACAGCAACCUUCAAAUCCAAACGUUGCAGUCGAACCAGAACCGACAAUGCGACGAGAAAUAAAUCGCGUAAGGCUUAAUGAACCAAACAUGCAGCAGGACGAACCUCCUCCAAUUCCUGUGGAGCCUUCAACAAUGUCAUACCGGCGUCCUCCUUCACGGAUCAUCAACACACCACAUAUUAUGGUUCCACAGAACAUCAGUUUUCAACCGUCACGGAAUGAAAACCUCGUUCAGACGAGGAACUUACAGCCGACCACUGCUACGGUUGCCCAAGAAUCUUACCUAUCUUCUAACGGGCAAUCGGGUAAUUAUGGGGACGUGGCGAACCGUGCAGAUGGCCAGAAAGAGCAACGCGAAUUUUCAGAACAUCUCCCGGCAUUUUCCAGGCCAGAGGUGCCUUCAGAGUCUAUGGGGAAGCAAAAUUUACCAUCUACUACAUCAAGUCUACCCACAGUAUCUGAAAAGACAAACAUCCACACUGUUCCUCAGGGAACCCCGAAGGCUAUCUUUCCAGAUGGAUAUAGUAGGUCACGGCUGAAUUCCCUGACAUUGAAGCCAGAUUAUCCAACCAGCGGACCAACGAGCACGACUAUCCCUGUUUCUGCUACGGCCGUUGAGCAAACCUCAGGCACGAUCACUUUGGCGCCUGCCCUUUCGAAGGGUCAACAGAGCCCGCAAUUUCGAGUGCGAGUGGAAACAGAUGUUACUCUUCAGCCACCAGUGCCAGCAACCAUUCCAAUUGAGCUCCGGAGUCCCGCCCCUCAUAAACGAGACUCCAUCAUUGCACCGAACCCUCUCUCUUCAAAUCAGCGGGUUGUCGAUGAUGUGCGUCCAAGUUCACGGAUGCAGCACUUUUCCCCAGCCAAUGAAAUUCCCGUAGUUCAAAGUCAGGCACCAUCAACACCGCAGAUUACAACUGGACUUUCCAUACAACGACCACCCACAGCGGGUGGUUAUAGAGAUACUUCUCGUCAACAUGUAUCCAGUAUCAUCCCUUCAACACCACAAGGUACCGACAGCCCAGAUUCUGUCCCCACCCCAUCCCAUCUCCACAGUCGUUUCAAGGUUCCAGAAACCCCGUUAUUGGCCCGUGCAAUCAACAACUACUAUACAUCGACAAAUCAAGGACCAAUCCGAACAGAUACGCCUAUUCAGUCAGGAGCGGUACCCAGCUCCGUGGAAUAUGUCUCUAACCCUUCUGGCCCUGCGAUAACAAAUAUGCAGCCGAAGCAGGCCGAGCAGAGUGGUCAACAGAAAAUUGGCGCAGGUAUAUCUCGUCCACCUACAAGCACGGGAUUCAAACAGGACAGCGGAAAGGCUUUCCAACAGCUUGAACCUAUAGUUACCACCUUAAGCGCAAACCCUGAGAUGAUCAAGAUUACCAGCGCAGUACCCCCUAAGACACCUGCUACCGUUAAUAAUAACCAAUACCUACCCCCAAUUCGAACUGACACCGAUGGUUCUAAAUCGGCUUCUCAUCAAAUAUACAAACCUGAAAACACUGCUCAGUCAGAAGGCCAAGUGCGUACAGUAGAACUUGGUGAUCGACCAACUGCGCCUCUGGUUGCACCACCAGUAGGUUUUCAAAAAACAGAUGCGCAAAAGAUUUCUACUGUUCCUCCAACUCCGGAAGCCUUACUGGACCGUGUCGGUUUUCAGCGAACUCUUUCCAAUGCGCUGCAUCCUCAGGUGACAUCAACAGACAAUUUGCAAACCAGAUCGGAGAAUCCAGGCCCUGUGCGACAUCCUAUCACUCCUCUGCAACCAUUACCGUCCAGUUCCCUGCCUCAGACGUCCCAACCAAGUCAUCGGCCUAAGAUUGAAGACGCUGCUGCCCCGGCGUCAACGUUAACCGGAGUAUUGACAACUGAAGUGAAGGAAAAGUCUUCCACUCAUUACAUUGUUAAAGAGGAGCCUCAAAGUCUUACGACUGAUACUUUUCAGCCCCGUGUCAGAGUUGUUGAGGAUGGUAGUCCAGGGAGGAAACCCCGUUAUUACCUUGACAGUGUCCAUCAGAAAUCCAUAGUAACAAAGGAAGAAGUUCCAAAGGUGUCCGUUAACAGCGCCUCGCAAGGUCCAGGUAUUCCGCUUGCCAUUCAAAAUUCGUCUUCCAACCGUCAAGGUGGACCUCUAGGAAAUAUCGUCCACCAGCCUCCAACGAAUAAUAUGGCAAAUUCAGUCCGUCGCAAUAACGAAAUAUUCAAUGACCAUGUCGUGAAGUCUACAGAAGCUGCCUUGAGUGCACCAGCACCCCUUACCACGAACGAGCGUGUUCGCAACACUACACUGGAUGACAAUAGCCCUGGUACCACUCUUUCUCAACCCCCUGAUGUCGUACUUCAGAACACCGUGACUAAGGCUGAGACCCACGCGCUUCGUGUUGCGAACUCGGUCGCAGAACAUCCAGGUACUCAGUCAUUAAGAAGCGGUAAUUCGAACCGCCCUAUCUUCAGAGAAGAUGAGAGUGAAGUGACUAAACCUCGUCAAUUCUCUGGAAUCUCUGUCGCUCAGGCUUCUGCAUCCCAGAGAACAGAGCCUGUUGGUUCCCGCAGCGGAAAUGUUGCGCAAGUUUCGACACCUAUAAUGCCCCCUGAACGAAAGAUCCUCAAGGAAGAUGACAGUCCAAGAAACAGGACGGGACAGCCAGCGGCCGUUCAAGUUCAAAAUUCUAUAGCCGCUUCCAGAGAAAGUCUUCUGGUACGCAGCUCUGCGGUACAACCAACUUCUCAGUAUCCAAGUACCCCUACACGUCCUUUGGGCUAUAUGCACCCAAACAGCAGUUCAGGAUCUACAGACCUACAGUCAUCACGUGCAAACAAUUUUUCUUCCACAGCUCCCGACGUAAUGUUUACCCCACUUGCGAAUCAAGAGGGUCCAGGUUUACGAAGCCGCCCUGCAAAUGUUCCAUCUACUCCGAAGGUAGAAAUGGCGCCUAUGCAAUUUCCUUCGAUUCCUGUAAUGAAAGAGGAGAGUCCUAGACUGCAGACAUAUAUUAAUCCUUCCGUAGUGGCUGUUCCAAACCCUCUUACGAACUUGGACAACGUUUAUUCUCGAACAAGACGAGAUUCUAAACAAGACAAUCCUCGCAAUAGAAGUGAACAUCGACCAUCCGGCUCUCCUGCCAAGCCUGGUACAAUUCCAAUCUCGCAGGAUGCUUCCCUUUCUUUGAAUACACAUGAUCGUCCCCCUGUCGCCAACGCCAGUACACGUAUCGACAACCAGGCUAACAUCGUUGGGCAAGACUUUGUGAACGCUCCUUCUUUCCCUGAUCCUACAUUGAAAGCUCUGCAAAACGUCAACACAGGCGCCUCCGCCAUACAACCAAAGAUUCCACCAACAGUUAUAACUGGCGGAAGUGCGGUGCCAUACGCUGGGCGUAGUACUCCUCAAGUAACUUCUGCGCACCUUCCAAACGACCUCAAUACUUUUCAAAGCGUUACGAAAAAAGGUUUCCCCAAUGUGCAGUCUGAAAUUACAAGGUCAAACACACCCCGCCAGCUAGAUCUGCUUGACCGUGCUGAAUCAAGAUAUACUCCGGCCUCCCAUCCCCAGCCCAAAGAAGACACUGCCCCGCAAACGAUCCAACCUAGCUGGUCAAAUACGGCAUACGAUCAUCGAUCUUUACUAGGCUCAAAGCAAGGUAACAGAAUUGGCGAAGGCCACAUCGAUAAUGAGACUCCUUCACUUGGUUUUUUUUCAUCAAACUUCACUUCGGCUCUUAACGCUGGCACUGAGAAAAGAGGAGGCCCUGGUUCCAAAGCACUUACGUUCGAUAAUGGUUCCGAUACAAAACUGCACACGAAUAUGGGGAACACUGUAGAUAAUGAUAAACAAACAGCGGCGUACAAAGUCCAUGAAUCGGUCCCUACAGUAGUGCGCGAUCCCCAGAUACAAACUUCAUCCCGUGCUCCAGUGGUGGAGACUGAUGUACGAGAAUCGUCUCAGAAGUACGCGACAAACGAAGCUCGACAAUUUGUUGCACGCAAAGAGGCAGAACCAGAACGCCUUCCAACCCCCUCUGUGCCUUCUGUCCCAUUUACCCACCCUGUUUUGGCUGAAAUUCUCUCUUCUCCGCCUCCCAAGUUCCAAAUCCCCCGCUCACGUACUACAUUCAUGCAGCAGAGUAUUUCUGUCGAAGCGAGCGCGGACACCCCUAAAACUCCCGCUCAAGUCCUUGAUCGUCAGGAAUCAAGACAGGAAUCUAAACCAACCGCCCCUCACAGAAGUGGUUCCUACCCAGUCGUGCCUGCCGAUGUGCCUGCCAAAGAGCCUAUUUCACAAGAAAGUCGACCGCAAACCUCAAGGCCUGUAAAUUAUCCUCAGACAUCACAAGGGGGAAAUAUCUCUGCGCAGCCAACUAGUCGGUAUGUGUCAUCUUCCAACACCGCCGCAGGGGUACAGUCAUCAAUCGACGGCCCCAAUAGUGAGCCACUUGUCCAGGAAAGUCGCAACCAUGCUUCCAGGACUCAUAACCCAACUUCACUUCCCCCAGUCCGUCAAGUCAACAAAGAUGCCUAUGGCUCAACUUUGGCACAGAGUCGAGUGGUGUCGUCCUCCAAUGCUCAAACAGCACCAUAUACUGUAACCGAUGGGACCUCCAGGGACUUGCCGCAAGAAAAUCAUUCAUAUGGCGUACGGAGCAGUACAUAUCCACCGCUAGUCAGUCAAGGAGUAAAGGAUCAACUGCAUCAGAAUCCGACGUUUCCGCCCCAUCGAUCCGCGUCAUCAUCGAUCCCUUCAGCAAAUCUGUACUCAACGACAACUAGGCAAGAUGUUAUUUCACCUGCCGACCCCCGCAGCGUAGCCUCGCGGCCUGGGUUGGAUUCGACUCAAGUAGGAGCAUCCGACAAGAAGGCAUACGUUCCUCCUUCUCAUACAAACCAUCAAACCCCCAAUGAUAAUGGCGGCAUAACAGAAAAUACUUCUCAAAAACCUUACCCACAAGCAUUCGUAGAUCCACGUCCACCCACAACAACGCAAGCAAUUCCAUCUUCACAUUCAUCUUCUAUGCCCUCGUCUCGACAUCAUCAUUCUGCAUCUUUGCCAACAUCAUCUGUACCACCACUUUCCGCAAAUCCCUCCAAGAAAGAUGAACACGUUCAUUCACGACCUUUAGCCCAACGAACUCCAUCGCAUCAGCAAGCUCCAUUUACACCCUUUCAGACCACAACUGCGACUUCUUCCAAUACACAACCUUCUAAGAAACCAGGUGUAUCAAUGCUUCAUGCUCCUUCGGAAGAGACUAUACUCAUGACACCUUCAUCGCUUGCCCGGUCCACUAUGCUUCAGCCUUCCACUUCUCGUCAGUCUGUGACACCAUCCGUAACAUCACAGACAGGAAAGAAAGGUGGUCUUUUCAGUUUAUUUCGGAAGACGCCUACUCCUGCUCCAGUUCAACAGUAUGAAAUAUGGCACCCAAGUCUUGCUUCGAAGACACCCGAUUCCAGCCCAGGCCAUGGUAAAGCUCCACAGGCUCCGCCCGCACCUGAGCCACAAGCGCCAACGCCCCCAAGUCCAAAGAGGAGGGACGAGUCUCUUGAUUUCUCGAUUCCUGUUCCAAUUCAUGGACAGUCGGGACGUAAAGCGUCACACCCACAUUCGAACGUAUUCACUCCUUUCAAGUACUUGACAACAAAGCGGAAUCGUGCUGUAUCUGUAGCUUCUUUGGAAGCUCAGGAUGGCACAGCAACGAAUACCGUUGUAGGAUCGCCAACUGCGUCUAUGCAUAGUCAAGCGCCCUUGUUGCCACCUCCAACUCGAGAUCCGUGGCAGGCAACGCAAGAGUGGAGAAACAAGGAAGAAGCUGAAGCCAAAGCUCGUGCCAAAGCUAAGCUGAGAAGACAGCGCCCAGGAGUCGUCUUCGAUGUCGGCGAAGAAGUUCCAGAUGACGGCAAGAAGAAACCGACUCGUGUGCGAAACAAACACAGAAAUGCUAGCAGGCAAUCUGAGCAACCGUCUCAAUCAUGA